AUGGUAACCUAGGAGACAAAUGAGUGGCGGGAAUAACCAAGACAUGUGAUGAAUGAAAACAAACUGAAAGUUCAUAAAACUAACACAAACUGAACAUAACUGUGACAGUUACCACAUGAAGUACAUAUUUUUAGGUUACCAUUUUUCUAGCCUACACAUUCAGGAAUGAAACAAAACUAGUAUAGCCUGUGUGCUACUCGAGGAUGCUAGAUGCUGAUGUAGCUUUGUAACUAAAGGAGCAAAAACAGACAAUAUUCAUCUUAAAUCUUGCAUCAGUAUGAAGAUCCAUUUUUUACUGUGGCUUUUCCUAUUAUUUGUGAAUGGUGUGUCUGGUGUAGAGACAGAUGUUGCGGAGUCUGUAUCAGUGAUUGUGGGAGAUUCUGUCACACUACAUACAGGUGUUACUCAAAUACAGAGAGAUGAUGUGUUACAGUGGAGGUUUGGAGAAGAUCUCAUUGCUAGAAUCACUAGUGAGUCCGGUAAGAUCACAGUACUUGUUACUGCUAAUGAGAAAUUCAAAGACAGACUUAAGCUGAAUGAUCAGACUGGAGAUCUCAAGAUCAGAAACAUCAAAACCACAGACUCUGGACUUUAUAAAUUUGAGACCACCGGCACCCGUGGGUUAAAGACAUUCGAUGUCAAUGGUGUGACUGAUACGGUGUCAGAUGGAGUAAAGGUUGUGUCCAUGAUGGAAAGAGAUUCUGUCGUUCUGAACACUGGUGUUACUAAAAUACAGAGAGGUGAUCAGAUAACCUGGAGGUUUAUAGAAAAAGACACACUUGUAGCUAAAAUAGAUACAACAGCUGGAAUAUUCUCUACAUAUGAUCACAUUCUUGAUGGGAGAUUCAAAGACAGACUGCAACUGAACCAUCAGACUGGAUCUCUGACCAUUAUUAACGUCAGGCCCAACACCUCUGGACAUUAUGAAGUGAAUAUCACCAUGAGCGGCAGCAGUUACACCACACACAAGACAUUCAGUGUGAUUGCAAUUGAUGGAGAGAGUAUGCUGUCAGUGAUGGAGGGAAAGGUUGUCACUCUACGCACUAAUCUUACUGAAAUACAGAGAGAUGACAUCUUACUGUGGAGGUUUGAACAUGGAGACUCUGACAUAGCAAAAAUCAACCCAAAGGAUAAAAUCUUCUCCGUAUUUGAUGGUGCUGAUGGAAUAUUCAAAGACAGACUGGAGCUGGACCAUCAGACUGGAUCUCUGACCAUCUCAAACACCAGAACUGAAGACACUGGAUUUUAUCAUCUUGAUAUCACUAGCAGCAGACGGACCAUAUUAAAGAGAAUCAUUCUUUCUGUCUUUCAUUCAGGUUUGUCUUCAGCUGCUGCAACAGGAAUAAGAGUUACUGUUGUUGCUGUUGUUCUGCUGGCCAUUGUUGCAGCUUUGGUUUACUGUUACCGCAAGGCUAUCAACUAUCGACCAGCAAAUGAAACUGUCGAUGCAGAGACUGAAGCGUGCAGAGUCAGUGGCGUGCAGAGUGAUCUGAGCAGGGUGACGCAGGGCUACAGCGGGUAUCAGAGACCAGAGAUAAUCCAACCCAGAAAGCAGGGCACACGACGACAAUCCAGUAAUCCAUGAACCGUGACAUAGAGAUAUUAAUGACACAGACAAAUCUAAUAAUCAGAUAUUGAUGGAGGGCGAUGAAGAGGAGAAGAAUGAUCAGAAAGUCACUCAAGUUUUGAUUUAAUGAUGAUGUCAUGAAUUACUCAGCUGGAAUCUCUUGUUUCGUGUGCUUUAUACCUUUUCUUCCAUUUUCUUCAUUUUUAAGUCUUGCGAAUAUCCAAAAAAGGGAAACACAGUAGAGAAAGUAACUUGAUUUUAUGUCGAAAUGAAAGAAAUAUUUGUAAGAUUUAUGAUCAAGCAUUGACAUUUUGUGCAGGACUCAGAAAUUUCGGCCUGGCUUUUUAUGUCUCUUUUGGAUCAACAUUGUACUCAUAUACAUGCAUUUGUGUAUACCUAACAAACUUUGUGGCAUUUGGUUAAAUAACGUAGCUAUGGUUUUGUUAGGUUUGGGCAAAAUUGUUAGAAUGACUCGUAGAAUCAAAAACAAUGGGUUGACAUGCAUUGAAAAUGUGUUUAUAUAAUUUUUGUGUUCGUAAGUUUCCUUUAUAAUUGUAAUAACUGUAUAAUUUCCAGCUUUUUUAUAUUAGUAUUAUAUUUUUAUUUAGUAUUAUAUUAAAUCUAAUUUAUAUCAAUAUUGUCACUGUUUCUCCUGCAUGUUCUGUUUUCUAAGAUUUUCUGUUUCCAUUGUUCCCUGGGUUAAUUUCCUGUGUUUAGUUCCUGUUGUUGUUUUUAUAGUUUCUAUAGUUUGCUAUAUGCUUAUUGAUUACUCGCACCUGUGUCUUGUUAGCCUGUUAUUAUUCUGUGUGUAUACAUACCCCUGUUUUUUAAAAGUCUGUUGUAGGUUGUUGUCUUUAAAUGUGUUUUGUAAAGCUUUUGUGUUCCUGCUUCCUGUUUAGAUUUAUGUUUCUCUUGUUGGAUUAUCUUAUUGUUGUCCUCAUCUCCACCGGGAUUAUCUUUGUUUUAAUAAACUGCUGCAAUCAGA